AUGGGCGCUCUGAAUUCCCGCGGCGACCUUGCUAUUGCCGAAAUCGCCUUCUUCUCGCCCGCCUUCGUCAUUGGACUGGCCAUCAACAUCAAGCAAGGCUUCACCGGCGGCGUCAGCUGGAUCUACCUCGUCACACUCUGCAUUCUGCGCCUCAUUGGCGCAUCAUGUACGCUGUACAUGGAAAGCCAGAACGACUACUCCCAAAGCCUGGAGGAGACGGCCUUCAUCACUAGUGCCAUCGGAACAAUGCCGCUCCUGCUUGUCCUUCUCGGCAUCCUGGAGCGACUCCAUCCACGUAUGGGGCCUGCCGGCUUGCCUCAAAUCGUAUUCCGGGCGAUUCAUCUCAUAGGUCUGGCUGCCUUGGUCCUCUCCAUCGUUGGCGGUACGAAGGUUCAGUCAAGCGACACCUCGAGCCACAACACCGGCAAGGAUUGUCUGGAGGCCGGCAGCAUCAUCUUCCUGGCGAUCUACGUCGGGCUUGCACUCCUCACAAUCCUUACGGCUUUCCGUGGCAAGGCCAUCCCGUCUGCCGAAAAGGUCCUAAUCUUCGCUGGGGUUGGUGUGCUGCCGGCGCUGUGUGUCAGGAUUGUGUAUACGGUUGCAACGAGUUGGAGCUCCUCGGGAUCGAUCUUCUACUACCUGACUCCCAGCGUAGUUGUGCAGGCCCUCAUGCAGUUCGCCAUGGAGGCUAUUGCCAUCGUCAUCUACAGCUGGGGCGGGUUGACCGCUCCCAAGGCUCAGCCGUGCUUCCGCUGGGAUGAGAGGACGGGGGAGCCGCUUUCAUGGGGUGAUCCUACCGAGGAACUGGGCCAGGCUUUCGCUGGGUUGGGAUUUGAGAGGACGGAGGAGCAGCCUUCAUAG